UAGUUGUUGUUCCGGGGGCAAUGAGGCUUCCGAUCAUUAUUCUCUUUCUGGUUACGUCGGCUUACCUCAGCAGCACCGCCGACGACACUAAAGAUGAGUUUGCUGUUGUUCUGACUCUUGAUCAAUCCAAUUUCACCCAAACUCUUACCAAACAUCAUUUUCUCGUCGUCGACUUUUAUGCACCUUGGUGCGGUCACUGCAAGGAACUUGCCCCAGAGUACGAAAACGCUGCCUCUAUAUUGAGUAGUAACGAACCCCCGAUUACUCUAGCAAAGGUCGAUGCGAAUGAUGAAAAGAACAAAGAUUUGGCCACUGAAUACGCCAUUCAGAGUUUCCCAACACUUAAAAUAAUUAAAAAUGGAGGGAAAAGUAUUCAAGAUUAUAAAGGACCUAGAGAUGCACAAGGAAUAGUUGCUUACUUGAAGAAACAAGCCGGGCCGGCUUCUACUGAAAUAAAAUCUACAGAAGAUGGUAGUGAUCUUAUUAAUGGAGAUAAUAUCGUUAUUGUUGGUAUUUUUCCUGAAUUAUCUGGAGACAAAUUUAAUGCAUUUAUAGCGUUAGCUGAAAAAUUAAGAUCUGAUUAUGACUUUGCUCAUACGUUAGACGCUAAACUUUUACCGCAAGGUGAUUCUUCUGUAUCGGGACCUAUUGUCCGAUUAUUCAAGCCUUUCGAUGAACUUGUGGUAGAUUUUGAGGAUUUUAAUUCGGACGCCUUAGAGAAGUUUGUUGAGGAGGCAAGCACUCCAACUGUAACUGUCUUCAAUAAUGAUCCAAAGAAUCACCCCUAUGUCAUCAAAUUCUUUAGCACUCCCAAUGCAAAGGCCAUGCUUUUUGUGAACUUCAGUAGCAAGCCUUUUGGUGCUUUUGAAUCAAAAUAUCAUGACAUUGCUAACGAGCACAAGGGAAAGGGAAUAAGUUUCCUAAUAGGCGAUGUCGAGGCUAGUCAAGGUGCUUUCCAGUUUUAUGGACUUAAAGAAGACCAUGUUCCCGUCAUCGUUAUAAACAACGAUAGAGAGAAGUAUGUGAAACCAAACUUAGAGCCUGACCACCUUGAAUCAUGGUUGAAAGAGUACAAGGAUGGAAAAAUUGCCCCUUAUGUGAAAUCUGAGCCCGUACCGGAGUCAAAUGAUCAGCCUGUUAAGGUGGUCGUUGCUGACAAUUUCGAUGACGUCGUUUUCAAGUCAGGGAAAAACGUUCUGUUGGAGAUGUACGCUCCAUGGUGCGGGCAUUGCAAAAAGUUGGGUCCGAUCCUAGAUAAAGUGGCUGUUUCAUUUGCAAAAGACACAGAUGUUGUCAUUGCUAAGAUGGAUGCUACUGCAAAUGAUAUUGUUCAUGAAGACUUUGAAAUUAAGGGUUACCCGACAUUGUACUUCAAGUCAGCAAGCGGAAAGUUGUUGAAGUACAGUGGCAAGAGAACCAAAGAAAAGAUUAUUGAUUUUAUUAAGAACAACAAGGAUGAUAUAGCACAGCAGGAUUCCAGAAAAGAAGAACUAUAGUUCAGGAAUAUUGUUUUUCAUCCUUGGAGGAAAUUGAUUGUACGCGUGUGAGCAAGAGAUGUCGAAUUUAACUGCAAAGGCAUGAUGCUUUCCUUCAGUCAUAUCUUCACUAGAUCUUUAUAAUAUCCACUCAAGUUGAAUAAGAUUAGAGGUUUGCAGUUUUGAGGAUAGAGUAGCAGUAGCCAUUGAUGAGACAUACCAUUUCUUUUGUUUGCUAAAUUAUCAUUAAGAAACAAUACAUUAUUUUGUUCUACAAUAACAUUCGCUUUGUUUGCGGCCAAUG